AGGACCAUUUCUGUAUUAUUAAGGAGCCAUAUAUUUACAGUACAGACUCCGAGUCUGCUUGUGCAAAUAAAGUUAAACAGGCGGUCAAAUUAAUUAUUAGUGGUCCCAACAUCCGGUGAAAACAUCCUCAUACUGAGCACAGAUAUUGCAAUGACCAUUUCGACAGGAAUUUUGAUACUGCUAUAUGAAGGAUAGCAGUUACAUCCAAUAAAAUGUUCAGUUAGACAGUUGUUUUUAAUUAUAAACGGUCAAAAUGAGUCAAUUCGUGUGGUAAAAAUGAAUGUGUCAAAGAUGAUCCGUAAUGCAUUCUGAUGUGACACCAAACAGGGCAGGUCGAGUCCGCUGUCACACGUCAUCAAUCACUGCUGUCAAUCUUCCACGAGCUCGAACCCCAUUGGCUGAUCAUGAGAUAAACCUUAACAUCAUUGGUCAUUCCUCACUGUCACGGCGUUUGAUAGCAUUAAACGAAUUUACUGUUUAUAUGAAAAGACGCAUUUCUAGUUGAGAUUAACAAUAUUCCAUUAUUGUAUUAAAGUUUAUGUAGCUCGGAUUUUAAAGUGGAUGGCCUCUUGCCUGGGCAUCGAUUUCGAAUCAGCUGCAAAGAUAACUGUGGAAUGAUGCGUGAGGGUGGGAAAUUGUGGAGCAACUGCUCAGAGGGUCACAGCAGUGAUCCUGAAGAGGAUGAUGAAGAAGAGAUGGCGUUUGGCGAGACUGAGGAAGACUCUGAAGAGAUGAUGGACUUGAGUGAUCUACCUACAGCUCUGUUUGCCUGCAGCGUGCAUGAGGCUGUGUUCGAGGAGGACGGGCAGAGGGAGCGGUUUGAGGCUCUGUUCAGGAUCUAUGAUGAUCAGACGUCCUUCCAGAUGUUCAAGAGUUUCAGAAGAGUUCGGAUCAGCUUUAGCACUCCAGAGGCUGCUGCACGUGCACGCAUCGAGCUCCAUGAAUCCGAUUUCAAUGGCACCAAACUGAAACUGUACUUCGCACAGGUGCAGAAUUCAGGGGACGACGUGGACAAGACAUACCUUGCCCCACCUCAACCUGUCAAGCAGUUCCUCAUCUCUCCACCUGCGUCCCCACCUGUGGGAUGGAGCCAGAACGAAGAUGCCACACCUGUGAUCAACUAUGACCUGCUGUGUGCUGUGGCCAAAUUGGGACCAGGUGAGAAGUACGAGCUGCAUGCGGGUACAGAGUCCACUCCUAGCGUGGUGGUCCACGUGUGUGAGAGUGAUACUGAGGAAGAGGAAGAAGCCCGGCCAAAAGCCAAGAUCGUCCAGACCAGACGCCCUGACGGUCCCCCAAAAGUCUACAACUAAAACCACUGGCACACUUCACACGCUUUUCUCUCUCUCUGUGUCUCUUUCUCUCAUCCAGGGAAAGGCACGCUUUAUUUCAAUAACAAAAAAAGCUAAACUAAGAAUGGGAUGGAUGUGGAGGGGUGCUCCGUGCACAGGUGACGUGUGGUGUUCUGAACUGGACUCCUGGACUGAACACACUGUCUCACUGCUGCCUCACGGGACAGCCAGGGGGCGAUGAGCUUGCGACCCCCCUCUCACAAUCAUAGCGCUUUCAUUCCCUCAUUUAGAGUCUUUGUACUGUAGCAUUGAAGAGCAGUAAUUGUGUUUAACAGUCGUAGAAGUAGGUUACAUGUAAACGUUGUUACUGUUUGUCACUUUGAUUGAUCAUCAGAGAAAAUAGCGCUUUAAAAAAAGGAAGCAGACCCAUUCUGCUUUCUCCAUUUCUCUCUCGACAGCCGUGUCCGCGUUCAUCUCCAUAUCGGUCAGGUUGGAACACCUGCAGAAGUGGCGCGGCUCGCUGGGAUUGUGACCCAUUUGCGUAUUUAUGCCUGUUCAUACCAUGCUAGAAUGAAAUGACAAGUUGUUUAAUGGAAAUGCUAAAAACGAAGGUGUCGAUUGAAGUGUUUGUGUCAUGUCGGUUAUGAUGAGAGGGUGUUUACUAAGUUAGAUGUGUAUUAUUCUUACGGUGUAUUUGAUACCACACAUUUUUGCAUGCUGACUUGCGUGUUUUAUACUCUAUGUUAAAGCAACUUUAAGCAUAUCUGAUCGCUGUCUUUCAGAGUCAUUGGCCUUGGAAAGCGAAGAAACAGGUGUAAAGUUUGAUAUUUUGUAUUUGUAUAGCGCAUCAUUCACUUGCAGGCCAGAUAAACAAUUAGGAAAAAGCACAUGGUUUUGGUCUUAGUUUUACACAAUCUCUGUUUGGUGUGAUUCUGUACCACUUGCAUUGUUUAGCACUGACAAUGUUUGGUGUUUUUCAUAUCUUCAUAGAUUUAUUGACUAUACAUUGACAUGCUCAAGUUUCUGUACUGAUAAUGAUACUGUCAUAUCAUUGUUAAUUGUUAAAUUGUGCGUUUUGCAAUGACAGAUCAAAUCAUAUAAAGGGAUAGUCCACUGAAAAAGGAUAAUUCUCUCAUCAUUUACUACAAACCUGUAUGACUUUCUUCUGUGGAACUAUCCCAGUUCUUUUCUGUCUCAUAAUUUAUAAGCCUCCACUGUGUGAAUUCAUACCAAAAAGGUAAAAAUAGAUGAAAAUGGAUGGAUGAAAAUGUCAUUUUAAGAUAUUUGUUUUAGUAAUAAUGUACAGUCAGUGAAGUAGAAUGUCAUGAUUGACCAAUCAGAUUGAGAAUUGCAGAGAGGCUUGUAAAGAUGGUGGUUAAAUUAGCCUUAUAAAAAGUCACAUUUUAGUCAAAAAAUUCUUAAAAAAAAAAAAAAAGAAUGAAAAUUCAGUUAGACAUUGAGUGAUAUUCAGUCAUAUUUUGAAAUGCAAUGAAAAAGAAAUAAUGCAAACAAAUAACUGUGAAAUACAUGUGACUUUAUAAAUUGCCUUGCACCCUUGCUUACACGUGA